AUGGCGGAAUUGAUGCGCUCCAGUGCACUGAGCCUGGGCCUGAGCGCUCGCUCAGCUGGGAGCGCUGGCAUUGUUAUCCUUUUUCCGUAUCCUUUUCGCGCCAUCCUUAGCCUGCCGGCAGUUUCCAUUUCCCAGUUGCCGGAAGAAGAAGAAUAUCACUUCGAUGAAUACUAUGGAAAGGCUAAUUGGAGUCAGCAAGAAGAAGAAGUGGCAGUGUCGUCUGGCGAUGUCGUCCUUUCUCAUAUCUGUGGUGGAUCCAUUUAUAGUUCAAGGAUUAUCCUAACUGCCGCUCAUUGCCUAGUGGAAUAUUAUCCCGAGAACUUGGGGGUUCGAUUGGGUUCCAGUUAUCACAAUUAUUAUGGCAGCUUGGUUGGGGUUUCCCUGAUAAGAACCCAUGAGAAAUACGAUUCGAGCUCCUUGGACUACGAUGUGGGACUGGUGGCUCUUGACAGCGAACUUGAUUUCGAGGAAGUCUUUUCUAUUCGGGCCAUAAAACUUGCCAAGGAAAUACCACCAUCGGGAUCCAGGACAUCUGUGACCGGUUGGGGAAUCACGGGAUACGGAGAAACGGAAAUUUUGCAAUUAUUUGAUUACCGAAAUAUGCUAUGUACCUCAAAUGUAAAUUAUGGAACCUGCCAAGGAGAUUCUGGCGGAGCUUUGGUCUUUCAAGGCAACCAGAUUGGCAUCGUUUCCUGGGCUGAGGGCUGUGCAGACCCAGCUUUUCCCACAGU